AUGUCGUCUAAAAGUAAUCCAGCUGGAGGGAAAUUUAAUCCGAAAUAUCUCCCGAAAAUCCAAAAAUUCUUCUCCAAGAAUGAGUGCCCAAAAUGGAAUGAUUUGGAAACGUUCGAAAGAGAAAAGAAAUCUCUCCUCAGAACAAACAACUUUUCAAAUAUAGCAAAAUAUUUUGAGAUCAAUGACAAUGGAGAUCGAUUUGAGUUUUUGAUGGAGAGUUGGGAAUGGGGAUCGUUGAGAGAUGUGUAUUCCUCUCCAAAAUACAUCUAUACAAUGAAUCUCGUUCUCGAUUGGAGUAAACAACUCUUUAGUGCACUUGGUUAUUUAAACUGUAGGAAUAUCCUCCAGCAAGAUAUUUGCCCUGAAAAUGUGAUUAUGACAGGGGAUUUUUCUUUGAAAUUAGCCUAUUUCCCAACAAUUCCCAAUUUAAUCGGUGGACAGCGAUAUGAAGGAGUUGAGAAAUAUGGAAGAGCUGAAUGGGAUGAGUCAUUUAAAAACCAAGUUUACUCGAUUGGGUUAAUUAUUUGGGAGAUUAUCGAAAGAAGGAGAGUUUUCGAGGAAUAUGAUAGAGAUGGAAAGUUUCAAGUCGAUCAACUUCAUCAGGAUCUAAAGACGGGAAAAUUCCUGCUCCCAUGGCCGAAAUGUGAAAGCCGAUUGGCGGUGAUUGUUGAAUUAUGCACUCGAUUAAAUCUUGAUGAUCGACCUGGUUCAUCAGAUGCUUUCGAUUUACCGUACUCAAAAAUAUCUCAACAUGCAAGUAACAAAAAAGAGCCUCAGGCUCUCAAAAUGAAGAUCCGGGAAGAUGAACGUUGUUUGAUUCGACCCAUUGGAUUUGAUGGAACCGAAAAUGAAGACAAUCCAAAAGUUUCGAGAAAUCCUCAAAAACGACAUGUUAUACUAUAUUUUGAUGGAGAAGUCGAA